ACAAACAUUGACCGUAGCGACUCAAAUAUUUUGGAUUAAAGUCAUUUGAACGCAAGUUUUGGGUUUUUCUUCAUUUUACUUAGAAACAACUUGCGGAAACUACAAGCUUCCUUUCAAAUUGAACUGGGUGCCACUUGCUCUCGGAGGAGAGAGUCCCGCGGCGAGCGUGUCCAUGUGUCGGUGUGGUCAGGUUCCGAGGCUCCGGACAAGCUUCACACGUACGCUACUGCUGCCCCUAGUGCCACCCCUGACAAUUGAGGGGCUAGAUCCGGCGGUCUACCCGAAAUUUUUGCCUCGCUCACUCGAAUAGGAUUUUGAUAUUUUUUGUUCCUAUGACGAGGGCUUUCUCCGUCGCCCAACGACACCGCCGGCUCCGGUGAACCGGCUGCGGCCCGCCGGGAACCCAGCAAGCGGAUCGCCACGCUUCCAUUAUGUCGGAGUCGCAGACCCAGAAGGAGGGCGGCGUGAGUGGGAGCCGGGCCUGCCCGGACUUUCUAGGACUCAGUCGGAAAGAGCUGGUCCUGGCUGAGGCCUUGCAGAUGGAGUACGACGCCCUCUCCAGGCUCAAGCAGAACCAAAAGGCCCCCGCCGGGGAGCGGGCUCUGUCCGACUCCUCCCUAACCCUAACCCUCCCUGCCGUCUACAUCCCGGAUGGCCCCGAGCUGAACGAGCGCAGCACCCCCGACGCCGAGACCCUUCCCAGCGGCAUCCAAACAUUUCCUGACGAUACCCCCCCCGCCGUGCCCCCGCGCAACCCCAUCCCACCAUUGCCGCCGCGACGGGGCUCAGAGAAUCCCUCGUUGCCGGGUAGAGCGCCUGACACGGGGCUGCGCAAAGUCCCUCCGGGCGAGCCGGACUGCGAUGCCGUCGACGACCCACCUGGGAAGCCCGUGGCGCGGAACCACACCCUCCCCCCUCAAGUCCCGCCCAAGACCUACUUACCCACCGCCAAGAGCGACAAGAACCGGCGCCGAGCGUCGGCGGAGCCGGUGGCGUCGGGCUUACGGACCAGCGGCUUCGGCUACCAACUCUUUCAGGUGUUGGAGGAACGCGACGAGGAGGUGGCAGCGUUCUGCCACAUGCUGGAUGUGCUGCGUUUGGCGUACCCGCACUGCAAGCGCUCCACCAACGCCGGCUUGGUCUGGUCUCCGCGGGCCGGCCCGGAAGAGACCCGCUGCGGCCCGUGUCCCGCCGUCAAGGUGACGGUCAUCAGCGCUCACUUUGAGGAGCCGCUCAUCUUCACUUGUGAUGGCUCCUCCACGGCGGACCUGAUAAUCUACCAGAUGCUGUGCUACACUCACGAGGACCUGAACCACCUGGACGUGAACGACUACCUGCUGAAGGUGUGCGGAUACGACGAGUACCUGCAAAACUGUCAGACUUUGGCAGGUUCCGAGUAUGUGCAACAAUGUUUGAAGUUGGACCGGGAUGUUCGACUGGUCCUCACUCGGCGAGAUGGUAUCGACACGGAGCUGGCACGCACGAAGGACGAUGACGAGCUGGCGUCCGCGUUGAACCACGGCAUCCUGCUGCAGGAGCGACCCAUCAAGCAGACGCUCACCAGGGAGGCUCUGACGGUGCUGCUGGACACCUUCCACAACGAGGCCGAAUCCUUCACGCUGGCUGAGGCGGAGCCGGCGCCGCCGCGCGUGGAGCGGCUGGUCCAGUCGGUGAAGGUGCUGUGCAGCUCGCUAGCGGGCGUGGAGACGCCGGAGGUGACGGUGGCGCUCGGACGGCUGCCUGCUCGUCCCUGUCGCCUGCAGCCCAAAGUCCUCAAGGAUGCCUCGGCGCUGUGCGUCCAGGAGAACCGAGAGAAUCUGGUGGAGAGGCUGACAGCAGCCAUCUUGGACCUGGUGGACCUGUACUGCGCCACUUUCAACGCUGACUUCCACACGGCGCCACACAACCGCCCCGGCGCCACGCCCGUCCAGGAGGCGGGACGCACAGCCACCGUGCUCUCCUUCAAUGUCUACGCCGCGCACCGCCUGCCCGUCACCUGGGCUGCCAGUUACGAGAGCUACUUCCUGUCAUGCGCGCUGAGUCACGGAGGGGUGGAGCUCUGCGCCCCCCAGCACACCAGCAAACAGUUGGUCAACAAAUACCUCUUCCACCUGGUGGUGUGGGACCAGAGAGUGACCUUCCCGGUGCAGAUCAGCCAGCUUCCCCGGGAGACACAGCUGACGGUGACGCUGUAUGCCAGCUCGCUGCCGCCCCCCGGCAGCUCAGAGGAGAAGGGCAGGCAGCGGCGUGGCGCCGAGGCCCUGGGCUGGGUAACCCUGCCACUCUUUGACUUUAGGCACGUGCUGAUGUGCGGCAGGAAGCUGCUGGGCCUUUGGCCUUCUGCAGCGGGGAGCAGCAUUAACGCCCGCUCUGGCUCGCCCAACUUGAGCCAGCCGGACAGCGUCAUCCUGCAGGUGGACUUCCCGUCGCCGGCCUUCCAGGUUGUCUUCGGCAUGCCGCCCGCCACCGAUUUCUGCCCUCGAUACGACUUCUCCCAACUGGACGCCGAGAGCCAGGUGGUGCUGCGCGACAUCCUCCACAAGAAGGCCUUCUUCUGGCUGACGGCGGAGGACAAGCGCGCCGUGUGGGAGAAGAAGGCCUUCCUCCAGGCGGAGAGCAGCCCGCUUCCACUGGUGCUGGCCAGCGCCCCCUGCUGGCAGUGGGCCUGCCUGCCAGAGAUCUAUGCACUGCUGAAACAGUGGGCCUGCCCGGGCCACCUGGACGCACUGGGCCUGCUCCACGCCUCGUUCCCGGACCAGGAGCUUCGCAGGACGGCCGUCAAGUGGAUGGACGCGAUCUCCGAGCCGGAGCUGGUCGACUUCCUGCCUCAACUCGUACAGGCGGUGAAGUAUGAGUGCUACCUGGACAGCUCGCUGGUGCGCUUCCUGCUGCGGCGUGCCAUCCAAGACCUGAGUGUCACUCAGCAGCUUUUCUGGCUGCUGAAGGACAACCUGCAGGAUAGCCAGUUCCGCGCUCGCUAUCAGCACCUGCUGGCUGCCCUGCUGUGCUGUGCGGGCCGCGGCGUCCGAGAGCAGCUCGACCGCCAGUGCUGGAUGGUGUCCAUCCUCACUAAGGUGGCCCAAAGCGUCCGGGACGCCGCGUCUGCCGCCAGACAGGUCAGUGGGCGGUGUCGCCCGAGAGCGGCCGCUUGGCCGGCGGCGCUGCGGGACGCUCUGGAGGAGAUGAAGAGCUUCUUCUCCAUCAACGGCAGCUGCCGACUUCCCCUCAACCCGGCACUGCGGGUACGGGGGAUCUGUAUCCCGGCGUGCUCCUUCUUCAACUCCAACACCGUCCCACUCAAGUUGACCUUCUGCAACUUCGACCCACUCGGCGACGACAUCAGCGUCAUCUUCAAAGUCAGACCGCCUGUCUCAGGCGAUGACCUGCGUCAGGACAUGCUGACGCUGCAGGUGAUCCGCAUCAUGAACAGGAUCUGGCUCCAGGAGGGUCUGGACAUGAGGAUGGUCAUCUUCAAGUGCUUGUCCACGGGGCGGGGCCGCGGCAUGGUGGAGAUGAUCCCUCAGGCCGAGACGCUGCGCAAGAUCCAGGUGGAGCACGGCGUGACUGGAUCCUUCAAAGACCGACCGCUGGCUGACUGGCUUCAGAAGCACAACCCUGCCGAAGAGCAGUACGACAAGGCGGUGGAGAACUUCAUCUACUCGUGCGCGGGCUGCUGCGUGGCCACGUACGUGCUGGGAAUCUGCGACCGGCACAACGACAACAUCAUGCUGAAGACCAGCGGCCACAUGUUCCACAUCGACUUUGGCAGGUUCCUGGGACACGCGCAGAUGUUUGGCAAUAUCAAGCGGGACCGCGCACCGUUCGUCUUCACGUCCGACAUGGCUUACGUCAUCAACGGCGGGGACAAACCGUCCAGUCGCUUCCACGACUUUGUGGACCUUUGCUGCGAGGCCUACAACAUCAUCCGCAAGCACGCGCACCUCUUCGUCAACCUGCUCGGCCUGAUGCUGUCAUGCGGAAUUCCCGAAUUGUCCGACGUCGAUGAUCUCAAGUACGUCUACGAUGCUCUGAGGCCUCAUGAGUCGGAGGCGGACGCCACCAUGUACUUCACCAGGUUGAUCGAGACGAGCCUGGGCAGCGUGGCGACCAAGCUGAACUUCUUCAUCCACAACCUGGCGCAGAUGAAGUUCGCGUGUGGCGAGGACGUCCCGUCGCUGUCGUUCGCCCCUCGCGUGCACACGGCUCAGAGCGACCGCGUCAUCCAAAGUCUCUACGUGUGCGCGCACGGCAGCGGCCAUGGGAAAGCUCACACCUACGCGGUGAAGGUGGAGCGUGAUGGCCAGCAGGAGGCGCAGUUGGUGCAGCGGACCUUUGAGGAGUUUCAGGAACUUCACAGCAAACUCAGGCUCCUGUUCCCCUCCUCCAAGCUUCCCAGCUUCCCCGGCCGCCUGGCGAUGGGCCGUUCCCGCGGCGAGGGGGCGGCGGAGCGGCGCAAAGACGAGCUGAAUGGUUACGUGCGGCAGCUCCUCCACGCCGUGCAGGACGUCGCACAGUGUGAUCUGGUGUACACGUUCUUCCACCCCCUACCCAGAGACGAGCUACCAGGACCAGGCAGCAGCAGCAAAACAGAAAUGCCGUGGAGUCCGUCUGGCAAAGAUUUGGGCGAGGUCAAACUGUCCAUCUGCUACCGCAACGAGAAACUCUUCAUCAUGGUCAUGCACAUCCGAGGCCUGCAGCCGCUUCAGGACGGUACUGACCCUGACCCGUACGUGAAACUCUACCUCCUGCCAGACCCACAAAAGACCAGCAAGAGGAAGACCAAGGCGGCGCGACGCACCUGCAACCCAACGUAUAACGAGAUGUUGGUGUACGAGCGCAUCCCGCGUGGCGACCUGCAGCGGCGCCAGGUGCACGUGCGCGUGCUGGCUGAUGGCACCUUCUGGGACAACACGCUGUUGGGCGAGGCCUUAGUGCCGCUCGGGGCGCUGGUUCCGGGUCAGCGCUGGCUCCACUGGCACCCAUUGGCGCCGGUGCCACAAUGAGCACCGCGCGUCCACCGCAAAAAAACGGGAGCGCGCAUGGAAAAUCCCUUUCGGCAUCAACCCCACCUCCGACUCGUCGCCGAACGAGCGCGCGUGCUUACAACUUUGCUCUACCGGGUUACAUUCCCCCUCCACUAUUGGCGCUUCUCCCCCUUCACUUCUGCCGAGCCGAAAUCGAGCCCGCCACUCGGUCCG